GUCAAAUUUUGAUCUAACCUAUAAUUAAAAAAAGAAAUUUAACCUUAAUUUUAAACAAUACAAUAUCCACUAAUAAUGUUUGCCAUCGCUUCCAAACAAAGCACAUUAAUUAAAGCGGUUCUGAGACGCGGAUUGCAUACAUCUCUACCAGGUUUGGGAAGCAAGAAGCCCCCAGAGCAACUGCUAACCUUGCAUGGGAUCAACAAAGAUCGCAGCGAAGAGAUCCCAUUGGAGACUAGCUUAAGGUAUCUGAAAAGCAAAGCGUACACGAAAACCUACGGGGAGGAUCCUGUGUGGACGUUGUACAGAAGGAAUCACGCCGGUCUGUUUCCUCCGAAGAAGACAAGGAGAACUUGCAUCAGGGCCAAGACCAUCUCGACUGGUAACCCUUGUCCAAUCUGCAGGGACGAGUAUUUGGUGUUGCACGAGGAGAAUAUUGAUUUGCUGAAGCAAUUCAUUUGCCCACACACUGGCAGCAUACUGAGUUACACCGAGACUGGGCUGUGUCAGAAGUCGCACGAGAAGUUGACUGUCGCUGUGCUGAGGGCCAGGGAUCUGGGAUUGAUUCCGUUCGACGUGCCUUUCAGGGAAUACGACUACAGUCACUAUCAGAGGAAGUAAUGGAGGCGACGUUCGUCGUGGUC